GCCUAUGUCGCGAACUUAAGAAAAGUUGGAUUUUCCUUCGUCCUUUCGUUAACAGAAUAUCUGCGAGCUACGAUAAUCAGCUGGAGGUUUGAGAAGGGGAACUCGGAGUCUGAGGGACGGCAACAAGAACUGUCGGCACAAGUUAACAAGGAAGAAUGAGCGACAGCGCGGCGCUGGAGAAUCCCGAGCCGAUGGAGGCACACGGCUCGGAGAAAAUUGACAUGUCACUGGAUGAAAUUAUCAAGAUAAACAAAAAAGAGCAGAAGGCGAACAAAGCUGCCAAUCGGGCAAAAAGCAAACGGGCUGCUAACAAGAACAAUAUCCUGAAAAGGUUUGACAGAGCUGGACAGCAACAGAGAUUCCCCCUAAAACGAGGGGCCUUCCAAUACCAAGGACCCAACAGAUCGCGGUAUAUGGGACCACCAGCAGGACGGGGCUCUAACAGGAUGAGGCCUUUUGGUUCCAGGAGAGGCAGGGGCAUGGGCAGGGGGAGGGGGGUGAGUCCCCUCAACAGAUCCUCUCUCGACACACAGGCUGAAGGACAGAUUGCUCAGGACAAAGCUCCGUCAAGGGGUGCAUUCAAUUCCUAUCGAGGACGAGGACGAGGAAGAGGACUUGGCAGGAACGCUGUCUCAGCACGAGGACAGAGAACUCCACAGAGAGGGGGUAGGCCAUUUGUUUUAAACAGAGGGUUUCCCACAGCAGGAGCAAGUGGGAAGAUAGAGAGGUACCAGAAAGCCAGAGGAGGGCAGACAGCGCCCUCUACUGGAACAACACUAACAGUAUCAUUACCAAACUCUCCUGCUGAACCAAAGGUGAGGCUAAAGCAGACCUCCUCUGCAGGAAGGUCAUCUGAAGGAGCUACAAGCUCCACCCCCUCUCAACCCAAAGGAAUCCCAUUACGCUUCAACUACAAAGCAACGUCCAAUCAGACGGGUCUGACCCUGAAUGAACGGUUCACUGACCUGAGGAUCAGGAAUCAAAGGGGACGGGGACGGGGACGGGGCCGGGGCCGGGGCAGAGGGAGAGGGGACAGCCUACAGGGAGAGGAAGGGAUGUCAUCGGAGGUCAUACCUAGAAAUGGCCACAACUUUCAGUAG